CGCUUCAGUGUCCAUCCUGCUUGAGACGCGUUGCUGACCUUCGCGUUUUUUACUGUGCAUCUAGAACAACAGAGAAAAACAAUGUUGAAAUCCAUUCUCGUGCUUAUGGCUGUGGCCUAUGUGAGUGCCGACUUACCAGCAGGAAGAUCGCUAGCCGCCCCCGACGUCCAACUAUGCCAGCGGCGCUCCAUUCAUGAACUCGGCCCUGACGGCAAGGGCUACUUCUUCAGUUGGCGCGACCCCGCCUUGGCCACCGCCCAGUACGAUUGGUUGGACGCGCGCAAUUACUGCCGCCGCCAGUGCAUGGAAACCAUCUCCUUGGAGACUUCCGUGGAGAACGAAUGGAUCAAGGAGCGCCUGGUGAAGGAUAAGGUCAAGUACAUCUGGACUUCAGGUCGCAAGUGCGACUUCAAAGGAUGCGACCGCCCAGAUCUGCUCCCCAAUGAGGUAAAUGGCUGGUUCUGGACAGCCACCUUGGAGAAACUGGCGCCUGCCACGCAGCGCGACCAGAACGACUGGUCCCCAACGGGGGGCAUCGGCAAGCCCCAGCCGGACAACCGCGAGCCCCAGCAAGGCGGUGCUGAAGAAAACUGCCUGGCUGUGCUCAAUCAGUUUUACAACGAUGGCGUUCACUGGCACGAUGUGGCCUGCCACCAUGUGAAGCCCUUCGUUUGCGAGGAAAACCCAGAGUUGGCCCGCCUAGUGCCAUUCAUCCACUAGUCGCCAAAUGACUUUGUUACUUAUUAUAGAAUGGAAAUAAACCAGUUCUUAAAA